AUGUCCAUUUCUUUUUCACUCUUCUCCUUCCCUUCCCAAAAGGCUUCCUCUCAUCUCAUCCUUGUUCUUAGCUUUUCUUCUUCACUUUCGUCGUCGGUGGCUCCGCAAAUCGCCGGUGAAAAGCGGAAGGUCAGUCGCAGUGGCUGGGUCCCGAGACCCCCUCCGCCUCCGCCUCCGCCUCCGCUUCCGUCCUCUGCUCGCCUCGCGCACCUGAAAGGGAGCGGCAGCUCCCAUGGCGAGAAGGCUGUUGCUGCCACCAAGCCCAAAGCAGCUGCAAAGCCGAAAGCCAUGGCGGGUGUGAAGAGAAAGGCGGCCAAGAAGCCGAAGUUGAAGCCCGCGACGAAGGUGGUGAAGACUUCUGCGAAGGCGACGCCCGGGAAGAAAGCUGUGGAGAAGGUUGCCGCCGCAAAGCUGAAGAAGACGCCGGCGAAGAAGCCGAAGAGCGUGAAGACGCCGAUGAAGAAAGCCAAGAAGUGA